CGACACAACUCCUGUUUCCUUCAGGCCAAAGCCUAAAAUUCACACAAACAUAAACCAAAUUUUUCAAUAACCUAAAGCCUUACUCGUAAGAAAAUUACAAUGGCGCCACAAGAAGAAGUGAUGGAGAAACAGAGCAGCAGCAACAACAACAGUGACGUCAUUUUCCGAUCAAAGCUACCGGAUAUUUACAUCCCAAACCACCUCUCUCUCCACGACUACAUCUUCCAAAACAUCUCAGAUUUCGCCUCCAAGCCUUGCCUAAUCAACGGACCAACCGGCCACGUGUACACUUACUCCGACGUCCACGUCAUCUCCCGCCAAAUCGCCGCCGGUUUUCACAAACUCGGCGUUAACCAAAACGACGUCGUCAUGCUCCUCCUCCCAAACUGCCCCGAAUUCGUCCUCUCUUUCCUCGCCGCCUCUUUCCGCGGCGCAAUCGCCACCGCCGCGAAUCCAUUCUUCACUCCGGCGGAGAUCGCUAAACAAGCCAAAGCCUCCAACACCAAACUCAUCAUCACCGAAUCUCGCUACGUCGACAAAAUCAAACCCCUCCAAAACGACGACGGAGUCGUCAUCAUCUGCAUCGACGACAACGAAUCCGUCCCUAUCCCUGACGGCUGCCUCCGCUUCACCGAGUUGACUCAGUCGACAACCGAGUCAUCAGACGUAAUCGACUCGGUUGAGAUUUCACCGGACGACGUGGUGGCGCUUCCUUACUCCUCCGGUACGACGGGACUACCCAAAGGAGUGAUGCUGACACACAAGGGACUAGUCACGAGCGUUGCUCAGCAAGUCGACGGCGAGAACCCGAAUCUUUAUUUCCACAGCGAUGACGUCAUACUCUGUGUUUUGCCCAUGUUUCAUAUCUACGCUUUGAACUCGAUCAUGUUGUGUGGUCUUAGAGUUGGUGCGGCGAUUCUGAUCAUGCCGAAAUUUGAGAUUAAUCUGCUUUUGGAGCUGAUUCAGAGGUGUAAAGUGACGGUGGCUCCGAUGGUUCCGCCGAUUGUGUUGGCCAUUGCGAAGUCGCCGGAGACGGAGAAGUAUGAUUUGAGCUCAAUAAGAGUGGUGAAAUCUGGUGCUGCUCCUCUUGGUAAAGAGCUUGAAGAUGCCGUUAGUGCCAAGUUUCCUAAUGCCAAACUCGGUCAGGGAUACGGAAUGACAGAAGCAGGUCCAGUGCUAGCAAUGUCGUUAGGUUUCGCAAAAGAACCUUUUCCAGUGAAAUCAGGAGCUUGUGGUACGGUUGUAAGAAACGCCGAGAUGAAAAUAGUUGAUCCAGACACCGGAGAUUCUCUUUCGAGGAAUCAACCAGGGGAGAUUUGUAUUCGUGGUCACCAGAUCAUGAAAGGUUACCUCAACAAUCCUGCAGCUACAGCAGAGACCAUUGAUAAAGACGGAUGGCUUCACACUGGAGAUAUUGGAUUGAUCGAUGACGAUGACGAGCUUUUCAUCGUUGAUCGAUUGAAAGAACUUAUCAAGUAUAAAGGUUUUCAGGUAGCUCCAGCUGAGCUAGAGGCUUUGCUCAUUGGUCAUCCCGACAUUACUGAUGUUGCGGUUGUCGCAAUGAAAGAAGAAGCUGCUGGUGAAGUUCCAGUUGCAUUUGUGGUGAAAUCGAAGGACUCAGAGUUAUCAGAAGAUGAUGUGAAACAAUUCGUGUCGAAACAGGUUGUGUUUUACAAGAGAAUCAACAAAGUGUUCUUCACUGAAUCCAUUCCUAAAGCUCCAUCAGGGAAGAUUUUGAGGAAAGAUCUGAGGGCAAAACUAGCAAAUGGGUUGUGAUCGAUGAUUUCAACCAAAAAGCAAAAGAUGAUUUCAUUGUGUAUAUACAUACAACUGUUUGACCCAACCAAGGAAGCAAACUCAUACGAACCAUUGUCUUUUGUUGUUGUUGUUGUUGGUCUUGCUUAAUUCAUGUAAUGAGCCUUUGUGAUGAAGGUGUGGUUUCUUUUUUGGUUUCAUGUAACUUGUGCUGGAGAAAACAGCAGACCUUUUUCAUAUAAUAAAAUUACUCGGAUUUA